AUGACGGAUUUCUUUUCUUGUUUUCCGUCUGCCUUUUGUGGCCUUCGCCGCCGGUUACGCCACAAGGGAGAGAAGAACGAUCAGAUAAGUAUUCAAGGAACGGUAACGAUGGUUCAUGAUUCAUCGUCGCCUAUCUCCAUUGCGUCGCCGUCCCCUACUCAGAAAAUGUUUUGCUCACUACACCAGAAGUUCUCACCUGUCCUUCCACGUCGAAAAAGACGGAUACCUGUGCUCCCUUCACUUGCCUCGUCAGCAUAUUCUACUUGUUGCGAUGGUCAGAACUCCAGCCCGCUGAUCGCAUGUAGUGAAACAGGGGAUGGAAACAGUGAAACCCCUAUUUUACAAAACAGGCCUGCGAUUGGGCCAGGGGAGUCUCAACUCUCUUCGGCACUCCAGGUCACUCUCUCUUCGCAACACAAACUCAAGUCCGAUAGAAUUGCGUUUUCUAGUGACCUAGAGUCUUUUCUCUCUUCCAGAACGCCACCUCGAGCGAAUGUGGCAGAGAAGAGCGAUUUCAAUACCAAGGAGUUCCACGGAGUCCGGCAGUCUACACCAGUUGGUUUUCCCCAGUCAAAACAGUUGCCGCACCCUCCACUAGAACAUAUCUCAGGAGAGAAAAUGCGGCCAAGAAGAAAUACAGCUGUUGGGGUUGUGUUCCAGCCCUGUCUGUAUUCUCCUGAGGAAAAAGAAGAGAUGAUUCGUGGCUUUACGGGGUGGGAGGAGGAUAAAACUGCUUGGUGCAAUCGCCGAAGAAAUGCGACGACGAACAGACAAACACUCCCGAAAGUUAGAUGCCGAAGACUGCCAGAUACGAAAGCAAGAAUGGACCCUUCUCCAGCUAUCACAUUACUCGACGAUGGACACUUUAUUUUCAUUGGAAACCGGAACACGGUAGCAGGGGAUGAUACCCAUGCGCCGCGUGCUCAGGAUACAACCGUGCAACAAAUGCCAUCAACCCCUGCCGAUGCUGCAAGAGCCACCCUUCGUUUCGAUCGUUUCUCUUUCAGACGAGGAAUGCACAAGAAUCGCCUUCAAAAAACGGCACGCCUAGAAAAUCACUUUGAAGACAAAGAAAGGAAUGGGAAACAGGAAGCUUUUCGUCCACCUUUCUCAGAUAGAGAAAUCGAUGACGAGUUCUUUAAUCUGGGAGACGGGUUGAAAGUGGGAGAUGAGGACCUACUCUUUCUCAGUGAUAUGACAGCGUACAUCGAUUGCCGUUUUGUGGAUGACUGA